ACUCUCCACUAUGGCUCUAGCCAUAGAAAUAUCAUAUAUUUCUGUCAUUCUAUUCUAUUGUAUUUCUAUGGCUCAGACUGCAGCUAUCUCGAGUACAGUGUGAGCGUGGUACCUCUCUCUCGUCUCUGCUCCAUAGCAACGACCUCUAGAUCGGUGUGUACUAUGAACUAGAAACCGACUGAUGCUCUCUCCUUUCAAAUCUCGGAUUCUGCAACAUCCCAUCGCAAUAUAAUAUGGUGUGUUUUUAUUUUGUGAAGCUGGAGCAGUGAGUCGGCUGUGUCUGGAAUUAUGCGUAAUUUAACUCUUGGUUUUUUUUGCUGUGUCUGGUAGUUAGUUACCUAAGCGCAUGCAUCUCGGUCUCAACUUGGAAUCUCACACCAGCAAGGAACUAUCAUUCGGUGAUCAAGUAGAUCGAUCAAAUAAAUGAGGAUUGAGAACAGUGACAGUGUAUUGAUUUUAUCAUUGGAGACAUUUUAAUCAACGCUUCUAAACGAUGUUACAAAUUGGAGACGAAGUUUAUUUCUCAGCGGUAUUUCUGCUGGUUCUAUUCGGGACCAGGAGCGCGAUUGGAGCAUCGGCCGUCACCGCAUCCAUUUACGUCUUUAUCGUGAUGUUCCGGUUCCCACAAGUGCCGGCUGACCAGGCAAGUCAGGUGCUGCGGCCCACUGGCCUUGCGAGCGCCGGCGUCCCCGUGGUUGCGCACCGGGCAGGGGGACACGAUGCUCCGGAGAACACCAUUGCAGCGAUCCGAGAGGCCAGCAGGAAUGGAGCCACAGGGGUGGAGCUGGACUUGGGCUUCACUGCAGAUGGAGAGGCAGUGCUGAUGCACGAUGAGACGGUGGACCGCACCACCAACGGGACGGGAGCGGUGGGCACGCUGCGUCUGGCAGAGCUCAGGACGCUGGACGCCACGGGCAAACACAGGCUCGGGGAGAAGUUCAAGGGGGAGAGGGUGCCAACGCUUCAGGAGGCAGUGGAGGAAUGCAUCAACCACCAGCUGACCAUCUUCUUUGAUGUCAAAGAUCAACCUGAUAAGGCAGCUGCAGCCCUAGGGGAGAUGUAUCACAAACACCCUGUCCUCUACAACUCCAGCAUUGUCUGCUCCUUUCAACCUAAAGUUAUCUACAAGAUGCGCCAGGCGGACCCUGGGGUGGUCACGGCCCUGACCCACCGGCCCUGGAGCCUCAGUCGCUAUGGCGAUGGAACACCCCGUUCCCUGUCAGCGUGGACAAACUACUGGCUGGGAGUUCUGGAUGUGCUGCUGGACUGGGCCCACCAUCACCUGUUGUGGAACCUGUGUGGCGUCUCAGCCAUCCUCAUGCAGAAGGACUUCAUCUCCCUGUCUCCACUCCCCUCAUCUAUCCCUCUCUACAGAGACUAUGUCCAGUACUGGGCAGAGCGAGGGGUGGAGGUGGUGGGCUGGACCAUCAACACGGCCGUGGAUAAACAGUACUACCAAGAUGUCCUGAAGAUCAGCUACAUCACUGACAGCCUGAGGGAAGACUGUGAGCCUCACUACUGACUGACACACAACACACACGCAAUUCUAGACUACUACCUAACAACGUGUAGUUGUACAAGGACUCAGACCUCACUAUCAUAGGGAAUAUGGAGUAUGAAUGUACAGGACAGUACACAUCCAAUAUAGCUGCAUAGCAGAUCAUUUUCUAGUUCAGGUUGCCCCUUUUAACCAGAAUAGUUUUUACUGCAAACACUCAUACAAGAUCAUACAAUGUCAACCCUAAUUUGGCAACUAUACUACACCAACAAUACCACCAUAAUCUCAGAAAUACUCUCUUGGACCAAUCAUCACACCACUAAAUGCAGACAAUUUGCUAAUUUUGAAUUGUUCAUCUUAAUACAAAUCUGUAAGAGAUUAUGCUACAUUCAUUAAUAUUGUAUUAACAAUAUGACACUGAUAUAUCAAUGGUACAAAAUAUAACUAUCUUUGUUGACAUGUAUCUUUGAUUUCUCAAUGAAAACAUGAUGUACAAUGUAUCCUUUAUGAAACCAUGUUAUUUAUUGUGACUACUGCAGGCCCACUGUAAAUAUUGGAAAAAUAAAUAUCCCCUACAUGCAGA